AUGGAGAACAUUUUCGAUAGUGGGAGACGUGACUACGUUCCAGAUGAAGCUGUCCUCGAAGAUGAACAGUUAUCUGAAGAAGAGUACACUUAUACCAACAACCCUGACACGGGACGAGAGGACACUACGCAGGAUAAUAACGAUGCGAUCAGGGGAAAGAGGCACCAACGCGCGCAGUCGCUCGAAGCCUUAGCGAACCCUCCAGAGUCGAAAAGACCAAGUCGAUACCCCACCAUGGCUGAAAUGUCUGCGACAGCGCAUGACAGUCCCGACGUUGAGACGGCCUACAUCGUGGAUUCAGUGGGAGAAAUGCCGACAACGCUCAAGUCAGCAAUGGAAUCCAGCGAUGCAGUCCACUGGAAAGAGGCAUGCGAUUCUGAAAUAACUUCACUUCGCCAGAAUGCGACCUGGGAGCUUGUACCGCUACCAAAGGGGCGCAAGGCAAUCGGCAAUCGAUGGAUUUUUCGGGUCAAGGAAACCAAGGAUGGUACAAUCGAGCGGUUCAAAGCGCGUUUGGUGGCCAAAGGUUUUCUGCAGAAACAUGGCAUCGACUAUGAAGAAACUUUUGCUCCGGUGGCCAAGUUUACGUCAAUCAGGAUCUUACUCAGCUUGGCGGCAAAGCACAAUCUGAUGCUUCACCAGAUGGAUGUCAAGACAGCCUUCCUGAACGGAGACCUUGAUGAAGACAUCUACAUGACACAACCGGAUGGCUACGUUGAUGAAGAUCAUCCGGAGCUUGUUUGUCAUCUCAAGCGCUCUCUGUAUGGUCUGAAGCAGUCACCACGAAUGUGGAACCAGACCAUCGACAAGUUUAUGCUGGACUUGAAGUUUCGAAAAUGCAAAACUGACCACUGCAUCUACGUCAAGCGACAUCAUCAAGACAUGAUCUUCGUGGCGCUGUACGUUGACGAUUUAGUCAUCGCAAGUAACAACUUCGAGCUGAUACAAUCAACUAAGCAGGCGCUAAGUGAACGCUUCGACAUGACUGACCUGGGCGACCUCAAGUACUUCCUCGGGAUGGAAAUUGAUCAAGACCUCUCAGCCGGCACGAUUUCAGUCCGUCAGUCCAAAUUUGCAAAAGAUAUUCUCGAGAAGUUUGGCAUGGAAAACAGCAAACCUGUGAAGACUCCACAAGACCCUGGACUCAAGUUGACAAGGUCAAUGUGUGCAGAUGGGUGCAAGCAUGCGGAAACAAUGGCAAAUGUGCCAUACCGCAACGCCAUCGGCUGUUUGAUGUAUCUCAUGGUGGGGACCCGCCCGGAUAUCGCAGUUGCAGUGGGAGUUCUCAGUCAGUUCGCGGCAGAACCUUGUCCAACCCAUUGGCAAGCGCUUAAGCGGGUGUUCCGUUAUAUUCAAGGCACAAGGACGUAUGGAAUUGAAUUCCAAGCAACCAGUGAUGACAAGCUGCAAGGCUACUCGGACGCGGACUGGGCUGGAGAUGUCGAGGCUAGACGAAGCACAAGCGGGUACGCCUAUGUAAUGAACAACGGAUGCAUUAGCUGGAGAAGCAAGAAACAGAGCACCGUGGCUCUAUCGUCUACAGAAGCCGAGUACAUGGCUUUGACUGAAGCUGCACAAGAAGCAAUUUGGCUUAAGGCAUUCUUACAUGAACUCGGCGAGAUGAAUAGCGACGAAGCAGUCAAGAUCUACGAAGACAAUCAAGGUUCCAUCGCUUUGGCCAAGAACCCCGAGUUUCACAAGCGGACCAAGCACAUCGACAUUCGUUAUCACUUUGUGCGUGAAAAGGUGGCAGAAGGAAAAGUGGUCCAGGAAUACUGCUCGACCAAGGACAUGAAGGCUGACCUAAUGACCAAGCCAAUUCCUGCAUCACAGUUCCAGUAUCUUCGAAGUAUGUUGGGCAUCAAGGCGCCACGGUCUGCCGAGGCGAGUGGGAGUGUUGCAAAACAAACGCCUCGGCAGGCUGAUUUUGUAAGAUGCACGUAG